GGGCGCCCACGGGGGUCACAGAGCACUCCCCCCCCCCCCAGCAGCCCCCCAGGGGCCGUGUGGGGCAGGCGGCCGCAGGCGCUUUGCAGCCGGCCUGGCCCCCUCCCUCCCUCGGCCGGGCUUUGCACACGAGUCCCCGCCACUUCACACGGGCCAAGGCCACCGGCCGCCACCAGCGCGGCCACGCGCCACCGGGGGCCACACGCCACCGGGGGCCACACGCCGGGGUCACCCAGCCUGGCCCCCCGCCCCGCAGGACGAUGGCAGCCGGCGAGGAGAAACGGCACCUGCUGAGCGAGGGCGCAGGCGGGUCCCGCCCGGGGGCUGCGCAGAGGAGCGGGCACAGCCCGGGGCAGGGGCAGGGGCAGGGGGCUGCCCUGGAGCUGGGGGCACGGCGCGGCCGGCACUGCCACGCACAGGGGGUCACCGGCCACCCCGGCCAGCAGCAGCGGGCACGCAGGAAGCUCUACCUGGCCGCCGGCAUCUGCCUCGUCUUCAUGGUGGGGGAAGCUGUGGGCGGGUACCUGGCACACAGCCUGGCCAUCCUGACGGACGCAGCCCACCUCCUGACGGACUUCGCCAGCAUCAUGAUCAGCCUCUCUGCGCUUUGGGUGUCCUCACGCCCCCCCACCAAAACCAUGAACUUUGGCUGGCACCGGGCAGAGAUCUUGGGCGCCCUGCUCUCCGUGCUCUCCAUCUGGGUGGUGACAGGCGUCCUGGUCUACCUGGCGGCCCAGCGCUUGCUCUUGGCCGACUACGACAUCGAGGGCAGCGUCAUGCUCAUCACCUCUGCCUGCGCCGUGGCCGUCAACAUCGUGAUGGGGGUGGCUCUGCACCAGACGGGGCACGGGCACAGCCAUGGGGCAGCUGGCGAGCAGCCCAACCCCAGCGUCCGUGCCGCCUUUGUCCACAUCGUGGGGGACCUGCUGCAGAGUGUCGGUGUCCUCAUCGCAUCCUACAUCAUCUUCUUUAAGCCCGAGUACAAGUAUGUGGAUCCCAUCUGCACCUUCCUCUUCUCUGCACUGGUGCUGGGGACGACACUGACCAUCCUCCGUGACGUCCUCCUCGUCCUCAUGGAGGGCACCCCCAAAGGGAUGGACUUCAACGCUGUGCAGGAGACGCUGCUGGCGGUGGCGGGUGUGGAGGCCGUGCACAGCCUCCACAUCUGGGCGCUGACAGCAGCGCAGCCACUGCUCUCGGUGCACAUCGCCAUCAAUGCGGGUGCCAGUGCACAGGAGGUGCUGGAGGAGGCCAGCUCCCGGCUGCAGGGCACCUUCCGCUUCCACACCACCACCAUCCAGGUGGAGAGCUACUCCGAGGAGAUGCGGGACUGCCGGGAGUGCCAGCCCCCCCGCGACUGAGCCCCCCCGGCAGCCCCCUCGUGUCCCGGGGGGGGACUUUUUAUGAAUGGAAAAUAAAGCAGAGCACAGGGUGUGUGCAGGGAGGGUUGUUAGGUCCGGCGGCGCCGGGGUGUUAUCUCAGGUGCCUGAUAGAAGCAAAGGCAGCAAG